AUGUUUUCUUUUGUUACAGAGGAAGAAAUCGACGUUGUAUCGCUCGGUACAACCAGUAACCAACCGUUGGCUUCAACAUCUCGCGCCGACUACAGUGGAGGUUCGUCUUCCUCAGAACGGUAUAUACAAGCUCCCGUAGAAGUUAACGUGACUCCGAGGCCGGUGGCUAGAAAGCGCUUAGUACCACCCACAGGCGUCACAUCUGCCGUGCCUCGGCGGCGGAGAGGCCCCGGCAGACGUGGCCGCUCCAAUACUGACACAGACUCUGAAGCCGAGUCUCCUGAAAUUGAACGUCGUUCUAUCCACAACGAUAUGGAACGCUUGCGGCGCAUAGGUCUCAAAAAUCUCUUUGAUGAACUCAAAAAGCAAAUUCCAGCCACAAAAGAUAAGGAACGUGCACCGAAAGUCGUUAUAUUGCGUGAAGCGGCCGCCUUGUGUCGUAAACUUCGCGAGGAUGAACUAGAGCGCGAUUAUCUUAAAAAGCAGCAAAACAAGCUGAUUACUAAACUGAAGAAACUUCGUACUAUGCUCUCGGCACGCUAUCGUCCCUAUUGA